CCUAAGACGUUCUCAGUUUUUUGUUUUUAAUCAUACUAAAGCAAAUUGUCUGAUGGGUAAGUAUAAAGUCGCCGGAAAAUUUGGCCUCCGGGACAUCACGGAGGCAGAGAUGGAAUCUUUAGCUAGCUUUUGUGAAGCUGUCUUGCCUCCAGUGUCGCCACCGCCGGAAGAAGUUUCCGGCGAAGGUGAUAACCACCGGAACAAAGAGGCUCUCCGGUCAUUUUACUCAACUUCUGGGUCUCAAACUCCUGUCCUUCGCCAGAGCAUUGAGCUGAUCACGAAACGAGGGACGAUAGAAGCUUAUCUUGCUACUAGGCUUAUAUUGUUCUUGCUUGCGACUCGGCUUGGGACAUUACUCAUUUGUGGAACCGAAUGUUUGGUCUCGAGAUGGCCUUUUGUUGAGAAAUUCAGUGAGCUCUCGUUGGAGAAGAGAGAAAGAGUACUUCAGAAACAAUUCAGAAAUUGGUUUUUGACUCCAAUUAGAGCUGCUUUUGUCUACAUCAAAGUUGCAUUCCUCUUCUGUUUCUUCUCUCGGGUGACUCCAAAUGGCGAAAACCAGGCAUGGGAAGCCAUAGGGUAUCAUGUUAACCUCGAUGAGAAUACACCUUCUGAAACUCGUAAGGAAAGACCUCUUGAGAAAGGGAUAGUGGAGACGAUGGAAGAAACAGAGCAGACUCUUCUUGAAUCACUUGCUCAUAAAGGCCUAGAAGCGGUUCUUGACACGGACCAUGAUGAGAUCAGAAUAAAAUGUGAUGCUGUGGUGGUAGGGUCUGGUUCAGGAGGAGGCGUGGCAGCUUCUGUUCUAGCAAAAUCUGGUUUAAAAGUAGUUGUUCUUGAAAAGGGAAGCUACUUUACGCCUUCCGAAUAUCGUCCUUUCGAAGGUCCUGGUUUGGAUAAACUGUAUGAAAAUGGAGGGAUUCUUCCGAGUGUUGAUGGGAAUCUUAUGGUGUUGGCUGGAGCAACUGUAGGCGGUGGAUCUGCUGUGAACUGGUCUGCGUGUAUCAAAACGCCGAAAUCGGUUCUUCAAGAAUGGUCAGAGGAUCAAAACAUACCUCUUUUCGCUACGAAAGAAUAUGUUUCGGCUAUGGAAGUUGUGUGGGAGAGGAUGGGUGUCACGGAGAAAUGUGAAAUGGAGAGUUUCCAGAAUCAGGUUCUGAGAAAAGGUUGCGAAAAUCUCGGGGUUAAUGUCGAAAACGUGCCAAGAAACUCCUCUGAGAGUCAUUACUGUGGAUCUUGCGGGUAUGGAUGUAUACAAGGAGACAAGAAAGGAAGCGACCGGACUUGGCUUGUUGAUGCGGUUAGUCACGGCACCGUGAUUCUAACGGGAUGUAAAGCGGAGAGAUUUAUACUCGAAAAGAACAGUGGUAACAAAGGAGGCAAGAAAAUGAAAUGUUUGGGAGUGAUGGCUAAAUCUUUAAACGGAAACAUAGCAAAGACGCUAAAGAUCGAAGCUAAAGUAACGGUUUCAGCAGGGGGUGCUCUUUUAACACCUCCUUUGAUGAUAUCUAGCGGGUUGAGAAACCGACACAUAGGUAAAAACCUUCACCUACACCCUGUUCUAAUGGCUUGGGGUUACUUCCCGGAGAAGGAAUCUUCCAAUUUCAAGGGAAAGUCAUACGAAGGCGGGAUCAUAACAUCAGUGAGUAAAGUAUUAUCAGAAGAGUCUGAAGUUAGAGCCAUCAUAGAGACACCGGCACUAGGACCAGGUUCAUUCUCGGUUUUAUGUCCUUGGACCUCAGGGCUUGACAUGAAGAAAAGAAUGGCUAGAUACUCAAGAACCGCGAGUCUCAUAACGAUAGUUAGAGACCGCGGGUCAGGAGAAGUGAAAACCGAAGGCAGAAUAAGCUACGCGGUGGACAAAACCGACAGAGAUAAUCUCAAAGCCGGGCUUAGACAGUCGUUGAGGAUACUAAUAGCAGCUGGAGCAGAGGAAAUAGGAACUCACAGAAGCGACGGGCAGAGACUAAUAUGCAAAGGUGUCGAUGAGAAUUCAAUCGAAGAGUUUUUAGACUCGGUGAGUACAGAGGAAGGACCAAAGGGGAUGACUGAGAAAUGGAACGUGUAUAGCUCAGCUCAUCAGAUGGGAAGCUGUAGAAUUGGAGAAAAUGAAAAAGAAGGUGCAAUAGAUUUGAAUGGAGAGAGUUGGGAAGCUGAGAAGUUGUUUGUGUGCGAUGCAAGUGCGUUGCCUAGUGCUGUUGGUGUUAAUCCUAUGAUCACAGUCAUGUCUACGGCUUAUUGUAUCUCCACACGGAUCGCUAAGUCCAUGACCACAACAGGCUUCUCUCAUUGAAGUAAAAUAACGUAUAUUUUUAGUUGUAAAGUUAUUCCUAUUCAUCAACAUCGAAUUUGUUAAAGACUCGUCCUAUUGAUCAUGUUUAGGGAUUGAAUCUCAUCUACUAUAUUGUAGACCGAUAAAAUUACAAUAAAGGCUACUAAUAAAAUCCAUGUCUUUGG